AUGUCUCUCAGAUCAAGACCCUUAAAUUUUCGAUAUUUCAAUGUCUCUUUUCCAGAAGAGCGAAUCCUUCAGGUCACAUUGAAUAGACCUGAGAAGCUCAAUUGCAUUGAUCAAGCUACAAGUCGGGAAAUCCAAGAAAUAUGGGAGCUUUUUGAUCAAGACGAAAGCUUAUGGGUCGGCAUUAUCACAGGCGUGGGGAGAGCAUUUUGCACUGGGGCCGAUCUGCAAGAAUGGAACGAGAUGAACAGAGCAGGGGUUGUCAAUAACAUGUCUGCACCAGGCCUUGCAGGACUUCCACGUCGAAGUGGCAAAAAGCCGAUUAUUGCUGCAGUCAAUGGCAUAUGCAUGGGAGGAGGGUUUGAAAUGAUAACAAAUUGCGAUGUCGUAAUCGCUGCCUCCACGGCCGUGUUUUCUCUGCCCGAAGCGAAGCGUGGGAUAGUCCCUGUGGCAGGGUGUCUACCACGGCUAGUUCGCACACUUGGCUUGCAGCGCACCUCGGACCUGGUAUUGACUGGUAGAAACGUAAGUGCCAAGACGUUGAGUGAUUGGGGACUCGUCACUCGGAUAGCAGACUCUGGUACCGAUGUUGUCGAUGUUGCGAUUCAAGUUGCUCAAGAAAUGUGCAAGAAUAGUCCAGAUGCGUUAAUUAUCGGUCGUAUGGGUAUUAGAUUGGGCUGGGAAGCUGGUAGUGUAGAGGAUACCGUUUCUACUCUGGCUGAUGAAUGGUAUCCCCGCCUGGUUAAAAGUCCUAAUUUUGCCGAAGGUAUUCAGGCGUAUGUGGACAAACGACCGCCGAAGUGGGAAGGAGAAAUGGUGUCGUAUAGAGCUGUUACGACUUACGAGCAGCCAUUUAUUUUCCGUGUGGUAAAGAAAAUUUCGGUGGUGGGGAAGCCAAGGAGGGAUGGUGGAGAAAUCGAAAAAUAUACAUAA